CCACAAUCGAACCCCUUCUUGAAAAUUCAUUUGCAUUUCUUGAGGCGUCUUCGAUCACCGCCGACGAACUGCCACUUCCAUUUCCCACCGGAUUCCCCGUCGCCGUCCAAGAGAUCGCAGAGGACGACGACGACGACGAAGUGGAGGGGAGGACGAUCCGGUUGUCAUCUUCAUUUGAUUUCGAGAAGCUGAUCCACCGAUCGACGAGGCGGCGCGGGAGGCCAGGAAUCCCCGAGACUGCCUCGCCGGAGAUCGGGAGCGCUGGGUGCGAAUCAGUCACGCGACGGCCCGUUCCACUCGAAGGCGGGCUCACGGCUCUUCCCCUUCUCGCCUAAUGCGCAGCGCACCCGAUACCUAGAGUCCCUGCCUUCGCCCACCAUGGAUUUUGUCAGCCGCUACGCCACCUCCACCUCCGCCUCCCCCUCGGUAGAGCAGCACCACCAUCCCCCGCAGAUGGAGCCAGCGCCCUUGGCCGCGCAGGCUUCCGCCCCCUCCGGGCCCGGGGUCCCCGAGGAGCCGGAGUACUUGGCUCGGUACCUGGUGAUCAAGCACUCGUGGCGCGGCCGGUACAAGCGAAUCUUGUGCAUCUCCAGCAACGCCAUCAUAACGCUGGAUCCUACCACGCUGGCCGCCACCAAUUCUUACGAUGCGCCUGAAGACUUCGAAGGGGCGGCUCCUGUGCUGGGGCGGGGAGAUGAUGUUGGCUCGCAGGAGUUUACUGUUAGCGUACGGACAGAUGGGAAGGGGAAGUUCAAGGCUAUCAAGUUAUCGUCGAGGUUUAGGGCGAGCAUCCUGACACUGCUGCACCGUCUCAGGUGGGGAAGGUUGGGGCCAAUCAUGGAAUUCCCAGUGCUUCAUCUCCGGCGAAGGACUUCUACUUGGGUUCCAUAUAAAUUGAAGGUCGCAUCUACUGGCGUUGAACUUAUUGAAGGGCAAUCUGGAGAUCCACAGUGGUGUUUGGAUUUCAGGGACAUGGAUUCUCCACCAAUCAUACUCCUCACAGACAAUUAUGGAAAUAGCGGUGCAGAUUCAGGAGGGUUCAUUUUGUGCCCUCUGUACGGUAGAAAAAGUAAAGCUUUUAAAGCUGCCUCUGGAACUUCUAAUUCUGCAAUUGUAUCAUACCUGAUUAAGACUGCGAAAACUACUGUUGGCUUGUCAUUGUCUAUUGACAGUUCUCAGAAGAUGACAAUUGCAGAUUUUUUAAAUAAAAGAGCAAAGGAAGCAGUUGGAGCAAAUGAGAAUCCUUAUGGGGAAUGGUCUGUAACAAGGUUGCGUUCUGCUGCAAAAGGCACAGCUAAUGUUGAGAGUCCAAAUCUUGGAAUUGGACCAAAAGGGGGCCUUGGAGAACAAGGGGAUUCUGUAUCUCGGCAGCUUAUUCUUACUAAACUUGCAAUUAUUGAAAGACGCCCAGAUAACUAUGAGGCUGUCAUUGCUCGUCCCCUUUCUGUUGUAAGUUCUCUUGUUCGGUUUUCGGAAGAACCACAGAUGUUUGCAGUUGAGUUCAGUGAUGGAUGUCCUGUUCAUGUGUAUGCAAGCACUUCUCGGGACAGCUUACUGGCAGCAAUGCGCGAUGUUCUGCAAUCAGAGCGCCAAAGUCCAGUUCCCAUAUUGCCAAGAUUGACCAUGCCUGGCCACCGUAUAGAUCCUCCUUGUGGAAGUUUUUAUCUUCAGAUGCGGCAACUUCCUCUUAGUCAGCAGCAUCCUGUUUCUGAUAUGGAAACUGCAUCCAUGCACUUGAAACAUUUAGCUGCGGCUGCAAAAGAUGCCGUUGGUGAAGCUGGUAACGUCCCUGGCUCAAGAGCAAGGUUAUGGCGAAGAAUAAGGGAGUUUAAUGCUUGCAUACCAUAUAGUGGAGUGCCUCCUCAUCUUGAAGUGCCUGAGGUAGUCUUAAUGGCUUUGAUCACAAUGCUUCCAGCAACACCCAACCUUCCUCCAGAUGCUUCUCCACUUCCCCCUCCAUCACCCAAAGCAGCAGCUACCAUCAUUGGGUUCAUUGCAUCCUUACGAAGGAUACUUGUAUCAAGAGCUGCCGCAUCUCAUCUUAUAUCAUUCCCUGCUGCAGUUGCAAGAAUAAUGGGUCUACUAAGAAAUGGCUCAGAAGGUGUAGCAGCUGAAGCAGCUGGAUUGGUAUCAAUGCUUAUAGGAGGUGGUCCUGGUGAUUCUAGUAUAUCUGUUGAUUCAAAGGGGGAGACACAUGCCACUUAUAUGCAUACAAAGUCUGUCUUAUUUGCACAUCAAAAUUCUGUGACUGUUCUUGUAAAUAGGUUAAAACCCACAUCUGUCUCUCCAUUGUUCUCCAUGUCAGUUGUGGAAGUUCUUGAAGCUAUGCUUUGUGCACCACAAGGUGAAACAACUCAACACACUACUUUUGUCGAGUUGCUACGCCAGGUUGCUGGUUUACGUCGCCGCUUGUUUGCAUUAUUUGGGCACCCUGCAGAAAGUGUGAGAGAGACAAUAGCUGUCAUUAUGCGUACUAUAGCAGAGGAGGAUGCAAUUGCAGCAGAAUCUAUGCGCGAUGCUGCCUUAAGAGAUGGUGCUCUUUUGAGGCACUUGCUGCAUGCUUUUUUUCUUCUUACUAGGGAGCGCCGUGAUGUUAAUCGACAACUUGUAGCACUUUGGGCUGAUUCUUAUCAACCAGCUCUUGAUUUACUUUCAAGAGUUAUUCCCCCUGGGCUUGUUGCUUAUUUGCACACACGAAUAGAUGCUGCUUCUGAAGAUCAGAGCCAAUUAAAUGAAGUUCCUUUAACAAAGAGAAGACAAAGGCGCAUACUUCAGCAGAGGCAAGGCCAUUUUGGAAUAGCUAUUAUGCCUCAGGAAUCUGGGAUGAAUUCUCUUCAAAAUGUUCAAGAUGGUUAUUCAACUAAUGCUUCAGUGGUGACACAAAGUAAUCUGAAGCCUUUCCAAGAAUCAAACUCGGGACAGUAUUUAGUUUCUCCAUUUGCCAACCCUGCCGUAAGCAAUCCCAGUGAACUUACAUAUGGGGUCCAGCAUAAUGCUGCUUCGGGAAUUGUUGUUUAUGAUCAUGUUCAUCAAGUACCUAUAUCACAAAUGACAGAUCCAAAUGCUUCUGUGUCUGUUGAUUCUUCAAACUAUGUUAGUUCAAUGAAUCCGGAGUUUGCUGUCCCAGCACAGGUAGUUGUAGAAAACACUCCUGUUGGAUCAGGUAGGUUGUUGUGCAAUUGGUAUGGAUUCUGGAGAGCAUUUGGUCUAGAUCAUAAUCGUGCUGAUCUAAUAUGGAAUGAACGGACUAGACAAGAGCUUCGUGAGGCUUUGCAAGCAGAAGUUCAUAAACUGGAUGUUGAAAAAGAGCGGACACAGGAUAUUCUUCCUGAAGGUGCUAUGCUUGAAGUCAAUGGACAGGAUGAUGCAACUAAGAUUUCAUGGAACUAUGCAGAAUUUUUAGUGAGCUACCCCAGCUUAUCAAAAGAAGUUUGUGUCGGACAGUAUUAUCUGCGUUUGCUUCUGGAAAGUGGAAGCAGUUGUGGAGCACAAGACUUCCCUCUACGUGACCCUGUUGCCUUUUUCAGAGCAUUGUACCAUCGUUUCUUAUGUGAUGCAGACACUGGGCUUAUUGUUGAUGGUGCUAUUCCUGAUGAGUUGGGUUCAUCGGAUGAUUGGUGUGAUAUGGGAAGACUAGAUGGUUUUGGUGGUGGUGGAGGCUCUGCAGUAAGAGAGCUUUGUGCAAGGGCAAUGGCCAUUGUGUAUGAACAACAUUACAAAACCAUUGGGCAUUUUGACGGUACAGCUCAUAUUACUGUCUUGUUGGACAGAACAGAUGAUCGAGCUUUGAGGCACAGAUUGCUGUUACUUUUGAAGGUCUUAAUGAAAGAACUAUCAAAUGUGGAAGCAUGUGUCCUGGUGGGUGGAUGUGUCCUAGCUGUUGAUCUCCUAACUUCUGCUCAUGAAGCUUCUGAGAAGACUUCUAUUCCUUUGCAAUCCAAUCUGAUAGCUGCUACUGCUUUUAUGGAACCUCUUAAGGAAUGGAUGUUCAUUGACAAGAACGGAUCAAAAGUGGGGCCAAUGGAGAAAGAUGCAAUCAGAAGAUUGUUUUCCAAGAAAAGUAUUGAUUGGACUACCAAGUGCUGGGCUUCUAGCAUGGCUGACUGGAAACGUUUGCGUGACAUUCGAGAAUUACGUUGGGCAUUUGCUUUUCGGGUUCCUGUUUUAACUCCAGUUCAGGUAGGAGAUGCUGCUUUAGCUAUAUUGCACAAUAUGGUAUCUGCACGAUCUGAUCUUGAUGAUGCUGGAGAGAUUGUGACCCCAACACCAAGGGUGAAGCGAAUUUUGUCAAGUCCUCGAUGCCUUCCACAUAUUGCUCAGGCUAUUCUCACGGGUGAACCAAGCAUUGUCGAAGCAGCUGCUUCCUUGCUUAAGGCUAUUGUGACAAGAAAUCCUAAGGCAAUGGUUCGAGUAUACAGCACUGGUGCCUUUUAUUUUGCUCUAGCUUAUGCUGGAUCAAAUCUUCAUUCAAUUGCACACCUUUUUUCUGUGACGCAUAUCCACCAAGCAUUUCAUGGUGGAGAAGAGGCAGCAGUAUCCUCAUCAUUGCCCCUAGCCAAGCGAAGUGUUCUGGGUGGGCUUCUCCCAGAAUCCUUGUUAUAUGUACUGGAGCGAAGUGGACCAUCAGCUUUUGCAGCAGCAAUGAUAUCUGAUUCUGAUACUCCAGAAAUUAUAUGGACAUAUAAGAUGCGGGCAGAAAACCUAAUCCGACAGGUGUUGCAGCAUCUUGGAGAUUUUCCUCAGAAAUUAUCACAGCACUGUCAUUCUUUGUAUGAUUAUGCUCCUAUGCCACCAGUAACUUACCCAGAAUUAAAAGAUGAAAUGUGGUGUCAUCGUUAUUACCUCAGAAACUUGUGUGAUGAGAUUAGAUUUCCCAAUUGGCCCAUUGUCGAGCAUGUUGAAUUUUUGCAAUCACUGCUCGCAAUGUGGCGUGAGGAAUUAACUCGACGUCCAAUGGAUCUUUCAGAAGAAGCAGCUUGCAAAAUAUUGGAGAUCUCCAUGGAUGACAUUGUCAUUGAUAAGAAUGCAAAAUCAUCAGAGACUGCAAAUGGUAAUUUGAGCACAUCAAGUCAGAUUGAAAAUAUUGAUGAAGAAAAGCUUAAACGACAGUAUCGGAAAUUAGCAAUAAAGUACCAUCCUGACAAAAAUCCUGAAGGGAGGGAGAAAUUUGUUGCUGUGCAAAAGGCUUAUGAGAGGUUGCAGGCAGCCAUGCAAGGAUUGCAAGGUCCGCAAGUUUGGAGGUUGUUACUUUUGUUGAAAGGACAGUGUAUCCUAUACAGACGAUAUGGUAAUGUAUUGGAACCAUUCAAGUAUGCUGGCUACCCUAUGUUGCUCAACGCUGUUACCAUUGAUAAGGAUGAUAACAAUUUCCUCUCAUCAGAAAGGGCCCCUCUACUUAUUGCAGCUUCUGAGCUGAUUUGGCUGACGUGUGCAUCGUCUUCAUUAAAUGGUGAAGAGCUUAUCAGAGAUGGUGGUAUUCCCCUCUUAGCGACCCUUCUUUCCCGUUGCAUGUGUGUUGUUCAACCUGCAACGCCUGCAAAUGAACCUUCUGCCAUCAUUGUUACAAAUAUAAUGCGCACUUUUUCUGUUGUGAGUCAGUUUGAAACAGCAAAGGCUGAAAUUCUUAAAGUAGGAGGUGUUAUAGAAGAUAUUGUGCACUGUACCGAACUAGAAUUUGCUUCAGCAGCUGUUGAUGCAGCUCUUCAGACUUCAGCUCAUUUAUGUGGAUCAUCUAGAUCACAGGAUGCUUUACUUUCUGCUGGCUUAUUUUGGUACUUAUUGCCGCUUCUGCUUCAGUAUGAUUCUACAGCAGAAGAGAAUGGUUUGAACGAGGCUCAUGGUGUUGGUGCUAGUAUGCAGAUUGCUAAAAAUAAUCAUGCAGUACUCGCAAGUCAGGCUUUAUCGACUGUGCAGUGUUUCUGA